AGGCAUAUUCCCUGAUUGUGCUGUUUUGGUGGCCACUGUUCGGGCCCUUAAGAUGCACGGCGGAGGACCUAAUGUCACGCCCGGAGCCACUAUUCCUAAAGAGUAUAGAGAAGAGAAUUUGGAGCUCUUAGAGAAAGGCUUAUCCAACCUGAAGGCACACAUCAAUGUGAUCACUAAAGAGUAUGGUUUCCCAGUUGUUGUGGCCGUUAAUAAAUUUGCCACCGAUUCUGACAAAGAGUUAGAACUUGUGAAAAAAGUUUGCAAAGAAAGCGGCGCUUUUGACGCCUGUAUUGCUGAUCAUUGGGCACUCGGAGGCGACGGAGCCAUUGAUUUGGCCAAUGCUGUCAUCAAAGCGAGUGAAAGCGGCAACACUUCCAACACUAAAUUUACUUAUGAUUUGAACGAUUCAAUUGAAAAAAAGAUUGAAAGCAUUGCCCGUAAGAUAUACGGUGCGAAUGGAGUGGAAUUCAGUCCACUCGCAAAAAGCAAAAUUGAACUGUACGAAUCGCUUGGUUUUGGUAAUCUACCGGUUUGUGUGGCCAAAACACACCUGUCCUUCAGCCACGAUCCAAAUCUAAAAGGAGUUCCAAAGGAUUUCACGUUUCCUAUCACUGAUAUCAGAGCGUCAAUCGGCGCCGGAUUUCUCUACCCAUUAGCCGCUGAGAUCACAACAAUGCCGGGACUUCCGACUAGACCUGCAUUUUAUGACAUCGAUAUCGAUCCCGAAACAGAGGUUAUCGACGGACUCUUCUAAUUGUUCACUCAAUUCAAUUGUCCUUAACGUUGCAAUCAAUUCCCUA